AUGACGGAACUUAAGCGCAAUGGUUCUGCCGCUGAAUUUGGCAUGUCCAAAGCCAACUACGAUAUAUCUGUUGGCAAUAUAGAAGAAUCAGAGGUAUCUGCCGAUCUUCAAGCUAUUGCGUCGGCAACAUCAGCGCAUGCAGUCGGAGCAGAUUUAUUUCAGGAAGUCUUACAAAGUGAGUUGGCAACAGACGAGAAGUCGUACGGUCCGAUUAGACGCAAAAUUGACCGCUGGUUGCUUCCUGUUCUUUGUGUAACAUAUAUGUUACAGUUUCUGGACAAGCUUUCGCUCAACUAUGCAUCCGCUUACUCCUUAAAGGAAGAUUUGAACUUGGUUGGCAAUGACUACGGUAAUAUCGCUGCUAUCUUUAAUGCGGGUUAUCUCGUCGGUACCAUCCCUGGGAACUGGCUCAUUCAGCGUGUUCCUGUGGCAAAGUUCACGGGUUGUGCGUUGAUCGUUUGGGCUUGCCUAUUAGUCGCUCAUAUCGGAGCGAAGAGCUACGGUGGUAUGAUGGCCCUUCGGUUUCUUCUCGGGAUUAUGGAAGCGGCUAUUUCCCCAUCCAACAUGAUGAUGUGCUCUAUGUUUUACAAUAGACAAGAACAGCCUUUCCGUAUGUGUACUUUUCUUUCUAUGAAUGGUGUUGCUACCAUGGUAGGCGCCCUACUUUCGUAUGGCUUGGGUCACGCUACAAGUUCAACUCUAAAGCCUUGGAAGUUGAUUUUUCUGGUGAUUGGGCUCAUGAAUUUUGUUUGGGCUUUCAUAUUUCUGUACCUAGCGCCUGAUCAUCCAGGAAAUGCUAGGUUCCUGAGCCACGAAGAAAAAUUAAGAGUUGUUGAGAGAGUCUCGAGAAAUCAGAUGGGUAUCAAAGACACUGAAUUCAAGUUUCCACAAGCCAAAGAAGCGCUCCUUGAUCUCAACUCUUGGAUUUUGGCCCUUUGUGGACUUGCUUGUGGUGUAAUCAAUGGCGGAACCUCUAAUUUUAUUUCGUCACUGAUCAAGGGCUUUGGCUUUUCCGGUUUGAAUGCCACCUUGCUUCAACUACCGACCGGUGGUAUCGAGUUUGUUGUGGUGUUUUGCACAGGAAUGGCUGCCAUCUUUACAAAGAAAAAUGUUCGUGCCAUUUUACUGUUUCUGACUUGCAUCCCAACGCUAGCUGGCCUAAUUGGGAUUCAUGUUAUACCUCUCAAUCAUAAAUGGGCACUUGUUGGUUGCUGCUGGCUACUUUACAUUGUCGGUGGGCCCGUUAUUAUGUGUUGGAUAUUAAUAAAUGUCACGGUGGCGGGCUCAUCUAAAGUCUCAACAGUUAAAAUGUUGUGGUUCAUUCUAUAUACCGCUGGUAAUAUUGUGGGCUCUAAGAUAUUUUAUCCAAAUGAAGCACCCAAGUACGUUUCAGGUAUGAAAGGUCUGAUCGCGUCGUAUGGGGGAAUGAUGUUCCUCACGAUCAUUUACUACUUGUUGAUGCUAUUCCGUAACAAGUCUAGAGAUAAAAAAUAUGGGCCAUUAACUGCUGAGGACGAGAAGAAAGGUAUCAUCAACGGUUUCAGAGAUUAUACGGAUUUUGAAAACAAAUACUUUAGAUACUCGUACUGA